AAUAUAAGAUAUUAAGAGAAUUAUUAGAGAAUAUAAGAGAUUAAGAGAAGAGAUUGUGAAUUUGUGAUUUGAAAUGAAGAAGAUGGAGCUAUUUAUAAAAAUUUAGGGGAAGAAGACCGUUGGAAACAAUGGUGGAAGAUGAACAUUGAGCAACGGUCUCCUCCAUUAAAGACGUUGUGCUUCAACAGUCAUAAAGCAGCUGGCACGCGGGCCGUGCUUGACGGGCUGGCACGCAGGCUUGGAAGCGGGCUCGUGCCGUGCCGUGCUGGAAAUCACCACCCUCUGAAUGUGGCAUGGCCCACGACCCGUCUUCCGACCAUCGUGCUGUGCCGGGCCCCCUCACGGGUCGUGUCGUGCUGCCCACGGGCUGCCCGGCCCAUGCACACCUUUAGGAGCUACCGGCGUGGGGGAGGGGGUUAUGGCCGGCGCUUAGGUAGGGAAGAUGAUUCUGGCCGGUGUGGUGGUGGUGGGGAAGGUGGUUCAUGGGUGGAGGCUAGCAGUUUUUUUUAAAAAAAAAAAAUUAAGGGUUUUUUUUUUCAACCAAUCAAAUGGUGGCACGUGUCACCUUAACAUAUUAUAACAGGUUAGUAACCGGUUAGGGACCAAAGAAAGCGAAUACUCCCCAAAGUUGGGAUUCUUUAAUAAUAAUCCAAAAUUGGAAUUAUUUAAAGCGAUACGUGAAAGUUGGGAUUAUUUUUACCAAUUUUCCUUUUAAAAAAAAAUAACCUCUUAUAAUCUUUAUGAUGCCACAAUGAUAUUUCAAUAUGAUAACCUUUAUUUUAGAAUAGUGAUCUUUUAUUUAUUUAUUUAUUUAUUUUAAUAAAACGACCAUAUUGUCUAUAAUAUUAGUGGUCCACAAUAAAUUAGUGUGAACCGAAUCCAUUUAAAAGUUUGUAAUAAAUAAGUUACGAAGUAUGAUUAUCGUAUAUCUAUCAAUUUAUUACAUUACCUUAUCUCAUUAACUAGUGUCUAUCUAAACAUUUAGAGCAUAUUUUCAUCUUAACUUCACAUAGUCCAAAAUGGAUCUACUUUUUCAAAUUCUAAAUUGGCUAAAUUCAAAGCAUAAAAAUAAAUUGAAUAGAUAAUAUUCCAUUCUUUUCAAAUUAAUGUAAUGUGUAUGACUUUUGGUUUCAAAAUUAAUUGAUGAUAAUUAUGAGGCUUUGAAAGUUGAUUUUUCAAAUAAGUAUAAGCAACUCCAAUGGUAAACUAAUUGUCAAAUUAGCUUGUCAUGUCACAUAAGCUUUUAAGCUAAUUUUCUUUCUAGCUAGUUUGAGCCCCAAUGGUUAGCUACUAGUUUACUAAAUAAAUUAUUAAUUUAUUGUUUUCAUAUUAUUUACUAAUUUACUUUUAGCAUUUUCUUUUUGGCAAGAUCUUUCCAAAUAAAUUAGCUUGAUAAUUUGCUUGGCCAAGCUAAUUGUAUAUUCUAGCUCCAAUAAUCAAGCUAGUAGCUAAGAAUUAUUGAAAAUAACAACCAAGUCCCUAACUACAACCGUUGGAGUUGCUCUUGGAGCAUUAGAGCAAUUUCAAUGGUUGUAGCUAGGGACUUGCUUGCAAUUUUUAAAAGCCUCUAGCUAUUAGCUUGACCAUUGGAGUUAAAAAAUACAAUUAACUUGGCCAAGCAAAUUAGUUUGUCCAAGCUAAUUUGCUUGAAAAAAAAAGUUUCCAAAAUUGUAGGAAAUUAAUAUAAUAGAUAAUUAAAUUUGUAAAGCUAAUUGAGAAAGUCAAGCUUAUUUAAUUAGCAAGCUAAUAGUUAACCAUUGGGGUACAAAAUAGCUAAAAAGAAGGUUAGCUUAAUAUUAUAUGUAGCAUGACAAACUAAUUUAAUAAUUAACUUACCAUUGGAGAUGCUCUUAACUAACCUUACAAACUCCCUAAAUAGAUUCAUUGUCCUAAUAAAAAAAUUGAAAACAUGAAAUAUAACCUUUGUUAUACCAAGCGAUUGCUUAUUUGUAAUCUUAAAGGCUGCAUAUAUCAUUAUUUGGAGCAUUAACUAACCUUACAAACUCCCUAAGUGAUUGCUUAUUUGUAAUCUUAAUGGUUGCAUAUAUCAUUAUCCUUUCUUUUAACCUAUAAUUACUGUAGUAAUCAAGAAUUUAGUGAUGAAAGAAAAUUGACGGAUGUAAAUCAAAUACAACUUAUUAUUCUCAAGUGGAGUAGUAGAUUUUUUUUUUUAAAAAAAAAGGAGUAAUAAAAUGAUGGGAGUAAAUAAAAUUUGUAAUCGUAUCCAAAGCCAUUGGCCUUUAAUGGAAUAUGAUCCAUUGAAUCAUCCCUAUUCACAAGCUCUUGUUCCUUUUGCACCAAACAAACCCAACAAUCUCUUUGUUUCUUUCCUUCCCAUUUUUAAUUUUACAAAUCAUCUCUAUUAUUACCUCUUUCAAAGUUUUUUAAAAAUAAAUCUCAUCAUCUUGGUUUUUUUUUUUUUUUUUUUUUUUUUUCUUUCUUUUGGUGGAAAAUUUUGGACUCUGACUACACCCUUCAUUACUCUGUCAAGCACUCACUCCACUAAUCUCACUUCACUCCACCAGUCCACUUAAAUAUUUGACUUGACUUCACCUCAAAACGCCGUCGUUUCACCCAUCUUCUCCACCACCUUCAAAAAUCAAAACCCCCUAAAUAUUUCCACUCUUUAAAAAAUUGCAAAAAAAAAAUGACAAUAAUUUUCUUCCUCUUAACUUUCUCUUCUCUGAGUUCUCUCCCACAACUUAACUCGUCACCUGACUCACAAACAAUCCUCCGAUCCAACUCAACCAUUUUCAGCCCAAAUCGAACCUUCGAACUCGGUUUCUUCACCCCUAACCCAGAACUCGGCAACCUCUACCUCGGAAUCUGGUACUCUUCUCUCCCUACUCGAACCUACGUUUGGGUCGCUAAUCGUCAUACCCCUUUGAAAGACAAUACCACGGCUUCACUUUCUCUCUCCUUUGACCAACUCACUCUCUUUGACUCCGUCAACUUCGUCGUUUGGCGGUCGGAUAAUCUCCGCCCUGGCUCCCACCUUCGUCUCCUUGAAACCGGGAAUCUUCUUCUUCUAUCCUCUUCUAACGACGUCGUUUGGCAGAGCUUCGACCACCCUUCUGACACGUGGCUACCUGGGAUGAACCUCACUGUUGCUGGGUCCAUUGUGGCGUGGAAGUCGGAGUGGGACCCUUCACCGGGGAGGUAUUCUCUGCGGUUGAGACCACCGCUUUACGGUGAGAUCGAGUUGGUUUAUAAUGAUACGGUGUCGUAUUGGAGUACUGGGAGAUGGACUGGAAGUUCCUUCGCGAAUGUUCCGGAGAUGACGGUGACGUACAUUUACAGGUUUUACUUCAAGAAUGUGUUUACCAAAACGGCGUCGUUUGGGUUCUCGGAGGUUCCGGCGGGGUCGGAGAGUGGACCCCCACCGUUGACGAGGUUCCAGGUCAGCCACACCGGGGAUAUUCAGCAGUACACGUGGUCACCACAGACGGAGUACUGGAACUCGUUUUGGGCCCGGCCCGAAUCGAGGUGUCGGGUUUAUGGGCUUUGUGGGCCCAAUGGGGUUUGCUAUGGGGAGAAUUUAAGGACUUGUGGGUGCCCGAAUGGGUUCGGGCCGAAGGACGGGCUUGGGUGGGCCCGGGAGGAUUACUCGGGUGGGUGUGUGAGGUUGGAUGGUGAAGGUGAGGUUGGGGUUUGUGGGAUGGAUGAUGGGUUUGUGAAGAUGGGUAGUAUGAGUUUCGACGAGGCGAAAACGGUGUCAUUUCGAGGGGUGGAGAGUAAGGGAGAGUGUGAGAAGAGUUGUUUAGGUAAUUGUUCAUGUAUUGGGAUUAAUUAUAAUGAGAAAAUUAAGUUGUGCAAGAAUUUGUUUGGUGUUCUUGUUAAUUUGAGAAAUUGGACUGCUGAUAGUACAAUGGGUGGUGAUGAUGAUGUUUUGUAUCUUAGAGUAGGAAAAAAUGAGUUGAAAAACAAGGGUUUGAGUCAUAGAAUGGUUAUUUUGAUUAGUGUAAUUUCUGGGUUAGUUGCAAUUUCAGUGAUUAUGUGUUUGGUUUUGUGGGUUAUUAGAAAGGAAGUUAGGAGGAGAAGGAAUGAGGAGGAAGAGGCAGCUUUAGCUGCUACCCAUUUGAGGGUUUUUUCGUAUAAGGAGCUCCACGGAGCGACUCGUGGGUUCUCGGAGAAGCUCGGGCAUGGUGGUUUUGGGACUGUGUUUCGUGGUACAUUGUCAGAUUCCUCUCAUGUGGCUGUCAAACGCCUUGAACGGCCGGGUAGUGGGGGAGAGAAAGAGUUUCGAGCUGAGGUUUGUACAAUUGGGAAUGUCCAGCAUGUGAAUUUGGUUAGAUUAAGGGGGUUUUGUUCUGAGAAUUUUCAUAGGUUGUUAGUUUAUGAAUACAUGCAUAAUGGUCCUUUGAGUGGAUAUUUGAAGAAAGAUGGUCAAAAUAUGAGUUGGGAUGUUAGAUAUAGGGUGGCAAUUGGAACAGCCAAAGCCUUGGCUUAUUUACAUGAAGAAUGUAGACAAUGUAUCAUUCAUUGUGAUAUUAAGCCUGAGAAUAUUCUUCUUGAUUCAGAUUACACUGCAAAAGUUUCCGAUUUUGGGUUAGCAAAGUUAAUAGGCCGCGAUUUUAGUAGGGUGUUGGCAACAAUGAGGGGAACUUGGGGGUAUGUUGCUCCAGAGUGGAUUUCUGGAGUGGCUAUUACUAACAAGGCAGAUGUUUAUAGCUAUGGGAUGACAAUGUUGGAGCUUAUUGGGGGUAGAAGGAAUGUGGAAGCACCACCACCCUCACCACCUAAUGACGGGUGUGAUGGGAAUCAAGGAACCCAUGGGAGCGGUGAUUCAGGUAGUGGUGAUAAGUGGUUCUUCCCACCAUGGGCAGCUCGGAAAAUAAUCGAGGGGAACAUGGAAGAAGUGGUGGAUUCAAGGCUUGGUGUGGCAUAUGAUAGAUUAGAGGCGGAGAGGCUAGGGAUGGUGGCCGUGUGGUGCAUACAAGAUGAGGAAGGGGCAAGGCCUUCGAUGGGAUUAGUUGUAAAGAUGUUAGAAGGGGUUGUAGAAGUAGGUGUUCCCCCACCUCCUAAACUUCUUCAAGCCUUAGUAGCUGGGGAGUCUUCUGUUGGGAUUACUUCCGGAAAUGUAGUUUCAAACACGGGCGGUUUUGGCUCUGACGAUAAUAAUACCAGAGUUUCUGUAGAUCCAGUAUCACCUCAUUCUCCCAGUAGUCCUAGUAAUGCUCCUUCAUUAGCGACAAAUGUAAGUGUAUGAUACUUGUUACAGAAUUCUGUUAUCUAAUGAGUUUACAAAAGGCCAUCAAUUUUGAGUCCUCAA